UUGUUUAUAAUCGAAAUACACAUUAAAAAUAGGAGAAAUUAUUUCAAUCAUUCACUUUAUUCGAGAUUAUAAUGUAUCACGUUCUCGAGUUUAUUUAUAAGAUCAUAUUUCUAAUUCAAAUUAUUAUGUUAGACCAACAAUAAUAUAGCACAAAAAUAGAUGACAGAUCAGGUGACUCAAAAUGUAGGAAAAAUUAUUGUAUGUCAGAUCUCUAUUCUUCCCUUAGUCAAUGUCUGUACUUUAUAAUAUACGGUAUACAGUGCAUUACAAGGUAGUAAAGCGACAGAAAUGAAUUUCGUAAUUAAAAGAAUUUUUACGAAAGUAGGAAAUUCACAUAAUGUUAUUGUUGUGCGAUCUAUAAAUACAGAAACAUUAUCUCGAUGGUGGUAUAAGAUUACGAAUCAAAAACCAAAACGCAACAUUUACAAAGCUGAUAUUUAUGGACCGGAAUCGUACGAAGUUUAUGAAACAGAUGAAAAAAUUGGUUUUUCUGCAUAUUGCUUAUUGAUCAUACCAAUUACUGCAUUUGCGCUUGGUACGUGGCAAGUUCAAAGACUUAAAUGGAAAACAGACCUGGUAGAAAAACUGAAAACCCGUACUAAUUUUGAACCUGUUGAGUUACCAGAGAAUUUAGAAGAUUUGGAUACAAAGGAGUAUUAUCCCAUCAAAGUAAGAGGAAAGUUUUUAUAUGACAAAGAAUUUGUGGCAGCAUAUAGAACUCUAAUAAAAGAUGGUAAACCAUCAGAUACCUACUUUGGGAGUCAAUCACAAAGAGGAUAUCACAUUAUUACACCAUUUAAAUUGGCAGAUAGAGAUUUAACAAUUUUGGUGAAUCGUGGCUGGAUUCCAAAAACAAUGAGAAAUUCACCAGAAAUACAGAAAGCUAACAUACAAGACGAACAAGAAAUUGUAGGAAUUUUAAGGUUAAAAGAAAGAAGACCACGUUUUAUCCCGAAAAAUCGUCCGCAACAGAAUUUGUGGUAUUACAGAGAUGUAGAUGAAAUGGCUGAGAAGGGAAACUCAUCUCCUAUAUACAUUGAAAUGGUUUUUAACAAGAAUUUGAAUCAAUACCCAAUUGGUGGUCAAACGAUGAUAGAAUUACGAAAUGAGCAUUUAAGUUAUCUGCUCACAUGGUACUGUUUAUCUGCAGCUACUGCAUUUAUGUGGUACAGGAAAUUUAUGAAGGGAAUACCAUUAACACAAUAAAAAUAAGUUGGCAUCAGGUAUGCAUUUAAAGGCAUAAAAGUGAUAGUUAUCAAGAAAUAGCAUAACUAAUGCUCUUUUUCAUGUACUAUUGACGCGAUCACAAAAAAUGUAUAUAUAAAAAUCGUAUAUUGUUAAUUGUUUGUAAAUAGUAAUAAAGUAAAUUACUGUGAUUGUUUUAUAAUAUAAGUGGAUAUUCUAUAUUAAUAAGAGAGUAUCAGUUCUUCGUUAAAAAUGUCGCUUUUUAUUAUCAUAAUAACAACACUGAUAACCACUACCAACAAAAUUGUCAACAAUGGUCAUGGUAUACAGUUAUAUUGAAGAAGUCAGCAUAGAAAAUACAAAUAUGAAAAUAUACGAUACAAAUAUGAAAAUACACCAUGUACAUGCUA